GGGAAGCUUCUCAACAAAAAUUAUGAAUUAUUUAUAAAUCCAAAUCUCUCAAUCGUCAAUUACCAGCAAUUGGCAAAUGCACUCUCUCUGACUUCAAUUUCACUCUCCUUUUCUCUUCAGCCAUGGACGGACCGCUCGAAACGGAAGGGAUUAACGGCAUCAACGGCUUCGACCAUCGCCAGAAGAAAGCUGCUCGCCGGAAGGAGAAUCUCUAUGAUGUGUUUCAUCUUAUGCUAGCAAUGAUCUUCUUCCCUGAUUCUGACAGUUCAGCACCUGUGCUGCAGCGGAUCAAGAAAUCUUUAUCGGAGAAUGGUCCUCUUCUUAAGGAUGCUAUUAAAAAUACUGGCCGGAAAGUUCUCCUCUGGACUCGCAGAGGCAGCCAUCUGCGGCUACUUCUCGUAAUCUCCGUUGGGACUAUUACUCUUCUUACCUUGACAGGACUGCUUGUGUUUAUGCUUUUCUUUCUUGCAGCCACUGCCAAUGCCAUUAUUGUCUCUCUUUUCAUUUCUUUGGCAGCUGUAGGAGGCUUCUUGUCUCUUUUCUUUGCUUUUGUAACAGCUAUAUAUAUUGGGGCACUAUCAGUUGCUGUAUUUGUCAUUUCCACAGCAACAAUUUCAGCAAUUAUAGCUGUUCUUAUAUCUGCAGGUGGGAUUGGAUUUUUCUGGACUGUCUGGUUGGUGACAAAGAAAAGUGUGGGUGUAGCUACGCGCUCACUGAGCAUGACUGGAUCAGUAAUUUCAGCUUACUCGCCUGUUCGGCAUGCUCAGCCCCAACAGGAUCUAGACAAGGCAUCGGAUUGACCCACGAUGCAAUGAAGUCUAUGUAUGUGGAUAUCCCUGUAUGCCCUGGAUAUUUAUACAUCUUUUUGGCUUUUCACAACUUGUCAAAACUGAUGACUGCUAUGAAAGUGUUUGUUAUUGGUGAUUGUUGCUAUCUUUUGGAAGCUAAUGGUGAAAUCUACUACUACAGUUUGAAAGCACAUGUGAUAGGCAUUGCAAUGCUUGUUCAAACUGUGUAUUUGUGUAAUGAGCUGAUGCAGCCGAGACGGAUUUCAGAUAUCACCAUUUUGUUUAUAGGUCUAGUGUUUGGUAUGAUAUAAUUGGAUGUAAUGUAAUGAAAUGAAUUUUUUUUUUUU